AUGGCACAACAACCGACUCACCUCAUCGCAGCCGCAGCCGCAGAAGGCGAUAUCGCCAAAGUAACAGAAUAUCUCGAGGCCAGCCAACUAAACCGAAAGUAUUUACAGGAUAUUGCUCUACAAUAUGCUGCAGAAUCCGGACAUGAAAAGCUGGUGAAAAUGCUGCUCAAGGGAGGUGCGACAAUAGAUCUGGAGAUAGACACCCACCGAACUUCACUACAUGUUGGACACUCUAGUCCAACUUGGUGUCCACCAACGGCGGUACAUCUUGCAGUGAAGAACGGACACCAGCGAACAGUCAAGAUACUACUUGAACAUCAACGGCGAAUCCCGCUGAGUCGCUGGUUUCUCAAAGAAGGGCGUUGGAUGGGUGCGCUUCAUGAAGCGGUCGGCAAGGACGAUAUUGCCAUGACAAAACUAAUGCUCAAGCAUGGAGCCGACGUUAAUUAUCCCGACAGGUGUGUGGACUGCCUUUACAAAUACUACGAGAAACGUUUGGGACCGUCCUCGGUUUGUGGACGCUGCCAGGGGAGGACUGCACUGCAUAUUGCCGCCGAAAAUGGAUACGAGAACAUGGCCAGGCUAUUGAUUCGUCGUGGAGCAACUUAUAAUUCACAAGCAACAUUCGGAACAACGCCGUUACAUCUAGCCGCACAAGGAGGGCACGAUGGUGUCGUGUUAGCCUUAGUCCAGAAUGGAUGGAAACCUGGAAACAUCAUCUCUGGAUCGAGUCCAGGGCUACUCGCGGCAAAGAACGGACACAGGACAACCGUUGAUCUCUUGACCAAGCAUGGAGCGGCACCGAUUAAAAGUGUGGAGUGGGAAAUAUCCCCGCUUAUAAAGACUGGAGACGCAGUUGCACUUGAGAUCUUGCUCCCGCAUGCCGAUAACAUCAUCUCCAAGCAUACUUUGGAGGAUAUGCUUGAGAAUGCGGCGAGUACCGGCGAUACAAAGAUACAGUGA